GGAAGGAAAUCUCGCGAGGUUUGAGCGCUCUCAGCGUGUUAGUACGAGGCGACCAGCGGAGGUUUUCCUCCGGCCAGUGAUGGGGCUGAGCUCCGACUCUUCCAACCCUUCCAGCCUCCUCUCCACUGAUGUUCUCUGCUGGGUCCUGAGUCUGCUCGCUGGAGAAGCUGAACAGACGAGAGGAGUCUCCUCCCUUGGGUGCGUAGGUCCCUGUUAGCAGAGGCUUUGAGUCCUAUCGCCAUAGUUGACGGCUGCGAGGGAUUGAGACCAGAGUAUUCCUUUAGAAAUGAGUUGCACGAUUGAGAAGGCACUUGCUGAUGCUAAAGCUCUUGUGGAAAGAUUGAGAGAUCAUGAUGAUGCAGCAGAAUCUCUGAUAGAGCAAACCACGGCGCUCAACAAGCGGGUGGAAGCAAUGAAGCAGUAUCAGGAAGAAAUUCAAGAACUUAAUGAAGUUGCAAGGCAUCGGCCACGGUCCACAUUAGUUAUGGGAAUCCAGCAAGAAAACAGACAAAUCAGAGAAUUGCAACAAGAGAACAAAGAAUUGCGUACAUCUCUAGAAGAACAUCAGUCUGCCUUGGAACUUAUAAUGAGCAAGUAUCGAGAGCAAAUGUUUAGACUGCUAAUGGCCAGCAAAAAAGAUGAUCCGGGUGUAAUAACGAAGUUAAAGGAGCAGCACUCCAAGAUUGACAUGGUACAUCGUAACAGCUCCGAAGGAUUCUUCCUUGAUGCAUCUCGACACAUCUUUGAAGCAUCUCAACAUGGACUGGAGAGGAGGCACUUGGAAGCAAAUCAGAAUGAAUUACAAGCACAUGUUGAUCAGAUAACAGAAAUGGCAGCAGUAAUGAGGAAAGCCAUUGAAAUCGAUGAGCAGCAGGGUUGCAAGGAACAGGAACGAAUAUUUCAACUUGAACAAGAAAACAAAGGCUUGAGAGAGAUCCUUCAAAUAACUCGAGAAUCCUUUCUGAACCUUAGGAAAGAUGAUGUGUCUGAAAGUUCAUCUUUGUCAGCAUUAGUGACCAAUAGUGAUCUGAGUCUGAGAAAGAGCUGAAGAGCUUGUAAGUGUGAGCUUCUUGCAAGGCUCCGAAUGGUCACUGGAACUGGCCUGAUGUGAAUGGAUUAACAGGAAAAUCCAUCUCAAGCCACCCUUUAUUCCCCUAUAGUAUGGACAGUGCACUGGCAAUGACAUUCUUUAGCUAGCAGAAAUGCAGAGUUAAUGCUCAUAGAUUUUAUUCCAAAGUAUAACUAAAAAAUAGAAACUUUGUUAAUUGGUGAAGAAACUAAAGAUUUUCUGAGUGACUGCUGAACCUAACAGCAGUGCUGUUGAUACCCUGGACAAUACUUGGAUAAACAUGAAUAAAGUAUCCAAAUUUUAAAAUAUAUAUCUUGACAUAGUUUGUGAAUGGAAGAUUGUCAUAUUAAAUUUUAUUUCUUCUCCCUC